AUGCAUAAAACGACACGAAUUCCUUUUUUCCCGGCUGCCACCAACCACGCAAUUUCUCCGAUUGUAUGCAAAUCCUCUUCUCAAACAAAGAGUGAAAAAGCACUGACGCAGACGUUCCGUGCCUCCAUCCCACCUGUGCACCCGUCCCGUCUGAGCUCGGGGCGAACUAGCGAAUGGCGACUAGAGUCUAGAAUACAACAAUAUCUCGACAAACAGAGCCGCACCGUAAACAAUCCCACUAGGAUAUUUAUUCCUGAA